GCCAAGUGCCAGAAUUUGGCAAUACCUGCAUCGUUGCUCAUCCAAAUGGUAAGGAGAAGCAGGAGGAAUUGUGUCCUAUCAUUCCCCUUCACGAAAGCAGAAGAUCUUUGGAGCUUGAGCGACGUCUAGCAGAAAAAGAAGGCGCGUGCGCCGAGAAUCCAAAUUCAUGCACAUUGACGACUGGUGCGAGAGAAUGCAUAUGCGUCCACCUCUACAAUCAAAAUAUCAAAAAACUUUAUGGUGAUAAAUCAGUUAUGACAUACGAUGUUGGUUCGAUGUUUGAAGGAUCGAGUGGAGCCCCGGUUUUCGAUAUGAGUGCGAACAUUGUUGCACUUCACACAAGAGGAUUUCGCCUGGAAACCACGAGUGUCGUGGAGUCUUGGAAAUUUAUACCUACGUUACAUGGUCGAUAAAGUAAAGCACUUACGCAUUACUGAUCGCCAUAAUGGCAAGUAAACAACGUUCAGAAUGUAGUAGAAAUUCAGCAAAAAAGGGCCAAGACCACAGUGCAGAAUGGAAUUAUGGUGACGGAAGAGCACUGUUAAUUAAAAUACUGGAACUUUCGACGAUGCUCUGGCAGUUCUGCUGCCAAUGUUUAAGGCACUGGUUUAUGGUCUGAGGAUGGGACUGGGCGUUCUUUUUUUCCACAAACUGUCUCAAUUAGAGCCAAUGUUGAAGAAGUAUUUCAAAUCAUCAGAAAAGAGAAAUGCUCAUAAAUUAGAAAAUAAGAACGACCACAAAGGAAAUGAAUCAGAUGAUCAAUGCCCUACCCCUCCUGGGAAGAAGCUCCCGCUUGCUGAAUCCAGUUCAAUGGCUUCAAUGCCAAACCGCCCAAACGAUUUAAACGUUGCCCAAUCAACGCAAGGAUUCCAAGGAACUGCAUCUGUGGUUAAUCAUGGCAGACCGGACAAAUUAGCGCCGGAUAAAUUGGCGCCGGAUAAAUUGGCAACUGUUGCAUCGCUUCGUAGACGUAGUGGAAGAAAUAAAGGCCAGGGUAUACCAGGGACAUUUGGAAAAGAUCCCUCUGCAAUGCCGUCACGGAUUCUCAGCUCCAUGAUGCAGUCCUGCAAAUCUGUGGGCUAUCUUUUGUGUGGAGAUUACAAUGCAACCUGCUGGCUUUUGGACGAGAAUGUCAUCAUAACUUGCAAGCAUGUCUUUUCUGAUAUCGAUCAAAUAAAGAGCGGGAAAACUGGCGGAGAAACAUACGAAACCGUUUACGUCGAUUUUUCCUAUGAACACCCAAGAAGUCUAAAGUUUUCGCACGGGCAAAGGGUAAUUGAUAACAGAAGGUACCCUAUCUGUACUGGCAAAGACUUGGACUAUACUAUCCGGUUUUUGAGGCUUGCUCCACGACAAUUAAUUACAAUAAAGCCAAGUAAUAUUGAACCUAGUGAGGCUAGUCCUAAACCAUUGCUUUUGCAAACAAGGUCGAGAAUUCCGCCAAAAGGCCAUGUUAUUCUGGUAGGCCAUCCUGACGGGCUGGAUAAACGCUUCGAAGUUUGUACGAUCGUACCAAAGGAAAAUCGUAACGAGUCUCUUUGUGAACGCGCAAGAGAAGCUGCAAAGUGCUGCCAGUCUAACCCAUCAAGAUGCCGAAAUAAAAUCGGUCCGUUUGUUUCGUGUGUCCACGAUUACGGCGACGGAAUACUGACGGACAAUCAUUACCGUGAAUUGGCGUAUCAUACGAGCUUUUACGAUGGUUCCAGUGGCUCUCCUGUGUUCAAUGACGAUGGUCAUAUCAUAGCUAUGCACACAGGCGGCUACAAAUACAAAAAAGGUCCAAAGAGAGAUAGCCUGAUGGAGUUUGGACUCCCGAUAAGCGCUAUUUAUGAAGAUGUGGCAAAGCAAAUAGGUCAAGUAAAAGCAAAUCAGUUGUUUCCGAAAAUUUUCGAUUUCUAAAAGCAGAAAAGGAUGU